AUGGUAUACUAUGGCGCUCUGAGCAAAGGCUGUCAACGGUGUCGCAAGCGCAAAGUCAAGUGCGAUCAACGGCAACCAGGAUGCCUCAAGUGUGAGAAAGGAAAAAAGCCAUGUCCUGGUUAUCGGGACUUGGCUGAUGUGCUUUUUCGCGAUGAACGCCAAAGGAUUAAGAACAGAUUCUAUGAGAAGCUUCACACUGAACGAGGGGUUACACCAGCUGCCAAUUUACAGUUGUGUGCCACUCACUUCACAACUAUGACAGAGGUGCACACGCCCGAACAUCCAACUCCGUCUUCGGUAGAAAUUCCCCUUACACAACCUCUUGAAGACCGGGCAGCCAACUUUUUCUUUGCUUACUACACCACUACUGGACCACCUUUUUGUGAUACGUAUCAGGCAUGGCUAGCCCAAGCGUAUUUGCAGGAGAGCCACAGCAACCUUGUUCGAGCAACCAUCCAAGCAGUAGGGAUGGCUGCAAUUUCCAACGUAUUUAAUGCUCCUGACGUCGUCCUCAAGGCCAAAGAUCGAUAUUGUCAAGCAUUGAAAGCCACCAACCUGGCAUUGCGUGACCCUUAUCAGACCACCGAAGAUUCUACCCUUAUAGCAAUUCUUUUGCUAGGGCUUUUCGAGACAGUCACUUUUGAAAACUCAAGAAGCUACCAUACCUGGGCGUCGCAUAUUGAGGGAGCCACAGCCCUGCUACACCUUCGAGGCCAAGAUCAAUUUUCUCGGGAAUUGGGUAUACAGCUCUAUAUACAGUUUCGAAACCAAAUUCUGCAAGCCUGUAUGCAACGAGGUUCACGAGUACCUCCCGCUUUGGUCGAGGUCACGGCAGAGUUCGAGAAUAGUAAAUUUGGAAAACAUUACAACAGCAUGCGGGCAGGAUCUUUGGCGCUUGUUGGCUUUCGUAUCGUAAACAUUCGCGCCGAGAUCAAAAACCAGAGAAUAUUGGACCCGGACAAAGUAUGGCAGCUUGCCCUUGAUAUUAACGACGACUUGCACAGUUGGGCGAUUUUACAAACGAAAAGGGCCUAUUAUCAGACUGAAGCAGUUGAGAAUUCAACUGGGAAAUACUUCAAUGGGAAACGACAUAUUUACACUAGUGAAUGGGGCGCACAGGUUUGGAACAACUGGCGUUCAAUGAUGAUACUAAACAGUCAGGUUAUUUUGGACUAUGUUGACAAACAGCGCUUCGGAGACGAUUUUGGCAAAGAAAUGAUGCGUUCCGAUAUAAUAUCAACUAUACAAAGCCUCUCAGAAGAAAUUUGUAUCUCUACCUCUAAUCUCUCGGGCUCGCCACGUGCGUCCUCAAUGAUCUGGCCACUGUAUAUAGUAUCACAAGAGGAAGUGAACAGUGCAGAAGUGAGAUCAUGGGCCGCAGACCAACUGCACGGCAUCAAGAUUUCUUUGGGAAUCAAACAAGCUGCCGUUUUGGCUGAUGACGCUUGUCCAAACUGGAGGGAGUUGGAAUUGAUGUCAAGUUUCAGCUCCCAGCCACUAAACAUGCCCUCCAACUUUCCUCAAUAA